GGUGAGGGGCAGGCGAAGCCGAAGAGCGGCUUGGCCUGGCGUUGCCUCGGUCGUAGCCACGAGUGGAGUGUUGAGAGAGCAACCGAGGUCCCGUUGGCCCUGGUGGUCGGCCCGCACCGGGUGAGGCGUCAUGAAAGCGCGCCAGUCGACCGUGCGCACCUACAGCCGUACGAGAGCGCGCUGAAACGCGCUUCGCUAGCUGCCCUUCCUCGCGCCUCCGUUUUCGGAGCGCGGACACGUUGACACGCGGCGACCGGCGGCAUUGGCGGACCGAGACGUUUCCCCAGUCCGUUGAUCGGGAUCGCGGGAUGACAGAGGCGGCGGACGGACGUCCAGCUGGAUCGGCGGCCGCGCCGAUGAACGAGAUCGCGCGUUUCAGGGAUGUCGCUCUCUUUCUCGAGGACUCGUGAUCGGGGCGGGUGAGGAAGCGCGGUCAGUGGCCUGGUUUUUCAUGAUCGGACACCGCCGGGGGUGGUCGUCUCGGACGAGGGUGACUCUCCUGUGAGACUUUUCAUUCGAACGUCGGUGCUGGUUCGCGGUGUUUUUAUUUUGAAAUCCGGCCUUCGUUCUCCUUUAUGACGCGCGUGCAGCUCCUUCCCCGGUGGCUUAAUGAGGGUCUAGGGAGCGGCAGAGACAAUGGCUCCGGAGUAAUGCUCAGGUGUGUGCUCCUUUGUUAACCAAGACGGAGCGUUUGUAUUCUUAACAACUCCGGAGUCUCUCGUUUCCCAUGCUUUUCGUGGACGAUUCAGGAAUAGCUUCGUAUCGUUAACUGUGAGCGCUUCGCGCGGUGGUUCUUCUCACGCGAUAUCUCGCUGCGUCAACUGCGAUAGAGUGACGGAAGGAAGUCUCCUCGGUAAGUGGACGCGCGAUACCGCGGAACGGUCUAAUUUAUUCUCACCACUAAUCCAGCCUUAGCUCAUAUCCCGUAUCAAGUAUCCGUCGUACAGUUGAACUCGUUUUUCACCAGCGACGUCAGAAGCGAGAGCAGGAUAGAAGAGAUCUACUGGCCAAAUAUGUACAUACAUUCGAGCUUGGUGUGUACAUUUUUUAAUUUCGCAAAGUAACGAUUCCAUCGUCGAGCGGCCCAAUUGAAUCUCAUAUCGCAAUAAAGCUGAAACGCAUAUUGCGGCGACAAGCGCAAGGAAAGAUCGAUCGGACAGACCUUUCUCUGGACAAAGUCACGCGUUUCCGAUCACCGAGCAAUCUCUCGGCUAUUUUCAAUGUUUUGUGAAGCUUGCUUCGUUACCUCAUUGUUGUCACGUUGACCGCGCCGAGGGGUGCAACCCCUGGGUUCGUUAUUCCGCUCCACACUUUGGAGUACUCAAAUCGCGAAGUAACGAAGGGAGGAAACUAAUCCAGUCCCCCCGAUGAGAUCUCACUUUUUGUUCGGCGAACAGACAGAUGCGAUGAGAGAAAUGCAUUUAUAAAGGAAAGGAGCGCUAUAAAGUAGCGGUAAAAAUAGCACAAUGUGUUUUCCUUAUGAGAAAGCGAAGUAAGUUUUAUUACCCUCUGCCGCUGCAUUAAUGUAUUAUGUGAUUUCUUUACGUCACACACACCUGACGAAUAACACGGAGGGAGACAUAGGUGCCUGAUGAGCGAAAGAACCGGUAUUCUAUUUAAGAUCAACAUGAAGAAAGGCAGAACAAAAAGACGCGAUUCGCGCGAGAGAUAAAGUAGAGGCACGCCUAUUAUACUUUCUUUGUUAGCACAGUCGUCUACGUGUAUGCCGGUCGUUGGCACACAUUUUCACGUCGGAUAGACGUCGGAUUUGCGUCAGAAUGCAAAAAGCGGCCGUGAUAAAGCGAUGAAAAUUAUAUUACACGUCUGUAUCAAUUAAGCCUCAGUUUUCUAAAGUAACUUUAUACGCGUCGCGCAGUAUAAUUAAAUUGGACGCAAGAAGCAUCUCGGAGACAUUUGAGAGAAGAACAAAACCGAAUGCGCGAGACCAAAUCGAAUCCGGCGCGAAGGCUGUGCGACUUGUCGAAGCGGAAUUUAAUGGGAAACGAACGCUAAGACACAGGGAAACGAAUCAUUGAAUGUGUCUUUUUCAUUCUGGGAAAUUUACAUAACUCCGGUGCACCUGACACAGCGGAUGCGCCAGGCCCGAGGAGAGGGAGAGCCUGAGAACCGAGAGCGGCGACGUGCGAGGGCCCGCGCAUUAACCGAGUCAUCGUUUCCUGGUAUUUUGGGCUCGUGAUAACGCACAGCUUCAGUCAACCAGAAGGCUCGGCGACACGCGGCUCGCCGACUGAUAUGGCAGCGGCCGACGUUCCUGCCACCGCGGACCCUCGGCACCCCCGCGAUCGUCGCCGUCACUACCUCCGGUACCGGCGUGGCUGUCAAACGACCGAACAGGUGUUACCGCGAGGCGCCCGGAGUGGGACACGCGAUUUCUUGUGAUACCACACGCACGACGCGCGGCGACUCGAAGGAGCGAGUCCUAGUGCCGUCGAUCGAUCGCUGUGACACGCACAUUCCUCGCGCAUUCCUCGUUACUUAACUGGACGCCGAAGGUGUCUUCGUGGGUGUCAUUCCGUGAGGUGUCAGUGAGUGUCUGGGUGAAGGGUGGAACCAAGAGCUGAUCGCUCCAAGAGUCGGGUGGUCUCGGCGGUUUCGUAGAUUUCGUAUACCCCACGAGGAUGACGGGCCGUAAAGUCUUCUGUCCGCAACCGGUGUCCAAGUUCAGCGGCAUCCUCCUGCUGCUGCUGAUUCUUUUGGCCGAGGUCACGUACUCGGCCGAUCUCGCGAUCGAGAUACCAGGCAAUCUGAGCCAGGGUGGUUCCUGGUACCGUUUGGAUUACAGCCCACCCGUCGGCUAUCCACCGCCGAACACCACCAUAGCCGCCACCGACAUCGGUGAUGUCAUAAAGUUCAGGGACGGUCUGCCUGGGACGAGAUACGAGUACUGGCUGUACUACAGCAACAGCACUCUUCACGAUUGGCUGACGUGGACCGCGUCGAUUACAACACCACCCGAUCCUCCGUCAAACUUGACGGUAUCGGUGCGAAAUGGGAAGACUGCGAUCGUAUAUUGGUCGCCUCCGGCCCAGGGGAAUUAUUCCGGUUUCCGGUUACGAACGCAGAGCUUUAGUGAUACCGGAAAUCCGAAGACCACCGUCAUCCCUGUUGACUCGGUGCCCUACACGCUGCGUGAUCUCACGCCUGGUGCCACGUACUCGCUUCAACUCUUCACCGUGUUGGACGCCAAAGAGAGCGUCGCUUAUACCAGCAGGAAUUUUACGACAAAACCGAACACCCCGGGCAAGUUCAUCGUCUGGUUCAGGAACGAGACGACGCUGCUGGUGCUAUGGCAACCGCCUUAUCCGGCCGGAAUAUACACACACUACAAAGUUAGCAUAGAUCCAUCCGACGCGAUAGAAUCCGUUCUCUAUGUGGAGAAGGAAGGCGAGCCACCUGGUCCUGCACAGGCAGCUUUUAAAGGACUUGUCCCAGGUAGAGCGUACAACAUUUCCGUUCAGACCGUUUCCGAGGAUGAAACGUCUGCGCCCACCACGGCCCAGUAUCGUACGGUACCGCUGCGUCCACUCAACGUGACCUUCGACAAAGCCUCCGUGACAUCGACAUCCUUUCGCAUGUUUUGGAACCCUCCCAACGGAACGUCCGAGUUCGACAAGUAUCAAAUAUCGCUCGGUAGUAAUCGGCGGCUUGCGCCGGUCACGCGAAACCGGGACGACGAGAACAGAUGGGAGUUCAAGGACUUGGAGCCCGGCAAAACAUAUCAAGUGGUGGUGAAGACGGUUUCUGGCAAAGUCACCAGUUGGCCGGCCAGUGGAGACGUCACUCUGAAGCCGCUACCCGUUCACGAUCUCAGGGCGGUGAUCGAUGAGAAGACUGGUAUGGUGGAAGUCUCUUGGAGUCCGGAGAAUUCGAGUUCGCAGGAUAGUUACAAGCUACAAUACCACGAGGUGGAGACCACGAUUGGUGGCGAUAGUAACACUUUGACAACUGAUAAAACAAAGGUGACGCUGGAAGCUCUGCUGCCGGGAAGAAAUUAUUCCAUAAUAGUUGAAGCAAUUAGUAAUAAGGUCGAGUCGAACGAAACCGUCCUGUACCAAGCGACACGUCCAGCUAGUCCCGUAAUUGAAGAUCUGAAGCCUAUUGAGAAAGGUUUGAACAUCUCCUGGAAGAGCGACGUCAAUUCUAAACAGGAGAAAUUCGAGGUGACCCACAACAGAAAUGAUACGGGAGAAAGCGCAACCACUCUGACUACGGAAUCACAUAUCGUCUUGGAAGAUCUUUAUCCCGGUGCAGCGUAUGAGGUCAAGGUCUUUGCCAUUAGCCAUGGACUUCGAAGCGAGCCGCACGACUACUUACAAGCUGUCUUGCCUCAUCCGCCGAAGAAUCUCAGUAUCGAAAAAGUCACGAGCAGCACCGUCGUUGUGCAUUGGGAAGCGCCGACGGACUCGAUAUUUACCGAAUAUUCCAUCAGAUAUCGUACGGAGGAUGAUCCCAGGUGGGUCAAACUGCCCAGCGUUCGCGACACGGAGGCGGAAGUGGCGGACAUGACGCCCGGCGAGAGGUACACCAUACAAGUGAACACCGUCAGUUACGGUGUCGAAAGUUUGUAUCCGUUGCAAGUGAAUCACACAGUCCGGCCUAACCCAGUUCUAAAUGUCACCCCUAUUAUCGAUUCUACCAAUGUAACUCUCGAAUGGCCACGGCCUGAGGGCCGUAUCGAGACCUACGUGAUAAGAUGGUGGCCGGUGGACAACCCAGAGGAUUCCAGGACGAAGAACGUCAGCGAGACCAACGACGUGCCCGAUAUCAGUUUCGAAGAGAACGCCGUGCAAACCGAGAAGAUCCUGGUGAGCGACCUGAUGCCUGGAGUACAGUACUUCUUCGUCGUCUACACGAUCUCGUAUGAUCUAGUCAGCGACAUCAGCAAUUUAACCACAAGAACGAUGCCACUGAUCCAGUCCGAAGUCGUCGUAGUGGUCGAUCGGGACCAGCCAGGAUCGUUGACGUUAAGAUACACGCCGACGCCGAUUCAGUCUUCGAGGUUCAAUCUCUACCGGUUCAGGAUUAGCGAUGACAAUAACACCACGAAGGAGCGUAUGGUGGAUGACGUUGACACCAAGGUCUCAUUUGUUGGAUUAACACCUGGCAAACUGUACAACGUGACUGUUUGGACAGUAAGCGAUAAUGUGGAGAGCAGACCUCUCCUCCGGCAAGACCGACUCUAUCCUGAACCGAUCACUGCGAUCCAGGCGAUUGACAUAAACGAUACGAGGAUCACCUUGACCUGGGACAUCCCGCACGGAGAGUAUGAUACGUUUGAAGUACAGUAUAUAAAUACGGAAGGGAACUACAUCCAAAAUAUAACCUCGGUCAACGUGAUCACCAUCUUUGACCUCAAGCCGCACAGAAAUUACACGUUCACAUUGGUUGUACGCUCGGGCACCGAAUCCUCUUCGUUGAGGGUCUCGAAUCCGCUCAGCGCCAGCUUCACCACCAGCGAGUCGUAUCCGGGAAAGGUGGAGAAGUUUCACCCUAUCGACAUUCAACCGAGCGACAUCAGCUUCUUGUGGUCUCUGCCGAGCCAGGAGCAAAAUGGCAUCAUUAGGAAGUUUACCAUCACGUAUGGUUUAGAAGGUUCGACCCACACCCAGAUGCAGGACUUCAGGCCGAACGAGUUUCGUGGUGUUAUCAAGUCCCUCGUACCUGGCAAGACCUAUAUCUUCCGGAUACAAGCGGAGACAAAGAUCGGCUUUGGUCCCGAGGCGAUCUGGAAGCAGAAGAUGCCAAUAUUAGCGCCACCGAAGCCAUCCACGCAGGUGGUGCCGACCGAAGUCUGUAGAAGCAGCACGACAAUCCAAAUCAGGUUCAGGAAAAACUACUUCAGCGAGCAGAACGGUGCGGUCACGUCGUACAGCGUCAUUGUUGCCGAAGACGACAGCAAGAACGCUUCUGGGCUGGAGAUGCCUAGUUGGAGAGACGUCCAGGCCUACAGCAUUUGGCCACCGUAUCAGGUAAUGGAACCAUACUACCCCUUCAAAAAUGGAUCUGUGGAGGACUUUACGAUCGGCUCCGAGAACUGCGACAACAAAAUUGGCUACUGUAAUGGACCAUUAAAAUCAGGAUCUACUUAUCGAGUGAAAGUGCGCGCGUUUACGGCACCGGACAAAUUUACGGACACCAGCUACAGCUUCCCCAUUCAAACAGGAUUGCUGCUGGCAGAUAAGGACAACACGGCCAUCAUAGUCGGUGUCACCGUUGCCAUAGCGUUGCUGCUAUUUCUAUUGGGCAUCGGGCUGUUUAUGCGAAGGAGAAGAAGCCAGGGUCGCAAGACAACAGAAACCAGGGCAACCGAUAAUCUAUCAUUGCCGGAUAGCGUCAUUGAGACCAGCCGGCCCAUCAAAGUUGAAGAUUUUGCCGAGCACUAUCGCACUAUGUCGGCGGAUUCCGACUUCCGGUUCUCGGAGGAGUUUGAAGAAUUGAAGCACGUCGGAAGAGAUCAACCGUGCACCGCGGCUGAUUUGCCCUGUAACAGGCCGAAGAAUCGCUUCACAAAUAUUCUCCCCUACGAUCACAGUAGAUUCAAGCUUCAACCUGUCGAUGACGAGGAGGGCUCCGAUUACAUCAACGCCAAUUACGUUCCGGGUCACAAUUCGCCACGGGAGUUUAUCGUGACUCAAGGGCCAUUGCAUUCGACUCGCGACGACUUCUGGCGAAUGGUGUGGGAGAGCAACAGCAGGGCGAUUGUAAUGCUGACGAGAUGCAUCGAGAAGGGCAGGGAAAAGUGCGAUCAUUACUGGCCGAUGGACACCUUACCGGUUUAUUACGGAGACAUCUGCGUCACGAUACUCAACGAGACGCAUUAUCCGGAUUGGAGUAUCACGGAAUUCAUGUUGUGCAGAGGUGAUGUGAAGAGAGUGAUACAACACUUCCACUUCACUACCUGGCCAGAUUUCGGUGUUCCCAGUCCACCGCAAACUUUGGCGAGGUUCGUGCGAGCGUUUAGGGAACGAGUCAGGCCGGAUCAGCGGCCCAUAGUCGUUCAUUGUAGCGCCGGCGUAGGUCGUAGUGGCACCUUCAUCACUUUAGACAGAAUACUGCAGCAAAUUCUCGUAUCGAAGUACGUCGAUAUCUUCGGGAUCGUCUGGGCGAUGAGGAAAGAGCGGGUCUGGAUGGUCCAGACGGAGCAGCAGUAUAUCUGCAUCCAUCAAUGUCUCUUGGCCGUUCUGGAGGGACAGGAUACUACUGGGCCACCGCGAGAGAUUCAUGACAAUCAGGGAUUCGAAGGCAAGAAUCGAAGCUCGGUCGAAAGCACUAAGAGUCCUGCCGAGGCUGAGAAGGAGAGGUGACCUUCGAACAGCGACUCCUGCAUCGAGGAUGAUGAAGGAAUAGCCGAGUCAGGGAUGUGAUGGUUCGAUUGCUGGUUAGGCGCAAUGAUCGAUGGCGACAAGAGCGAAUCUCGUUAUCCAAAGGUGCUUGAAUCCCCAGGAUUCUUCAAGUUUCCUUGGAAGAGAAAAAUGUAACAGCAGAGAGAUAAACAGUCCAAAUUAGGUAAAGGCUACACAACGAGCAGCACAACAGUUAUCAUUUGGACCACCAAUUAAGUCUCGCGUGCAAUAGGAUAAUCGACGGAAGAAAUCUCCUGGGAGAACCGUUUUGACGUCAAGCAUCGAGUGGGCGCGUGAUUUUAUUUUUCUCUGUCAGCUACAUAUCGAAGUUAAGCGUGUUCAAUCCGUGAUACGCGUAGGGUGUUUUCACGGACUAAGAUAAUUAUGUGAGGAAAGUGUGAGGAGGAUGCCGUAAAGAGCAAUAGAGGGGGACACGAGAAAACGGUGUCAAAUCGUCGAAUAUGCUGCCAAGUGUGGGAUUACGAAUCAAAUGCAUGCGUGAUAUUUUAUGCGCGUUGUGCAACGGCCGGAGAGAUUACGUCUUUAUUAAUAUAUAACUCAUGUAUACAUAUCUAUACAUAUAAGUAGGAAGCUGACAAGGCGCGCGAUGGUGAUAGAUCGUGGGUCGUAUAGUGUAACGAGUGCAGAGAGGUGCAUAUUCCACUGGUUGUGUCACGAUGGGGCCUCGGACCACAUCGCAUCCGCAAUGAGUCUAUCGAACGUCUUUGUUAAGUCGCGAUAUGUAAGACAGAUAGCAUUUUAGAUCGAUGGGAUCGUGCAGACAUUGCGAACUAGCGUCUUGGUUCCACUUCCGAUGCAAACAUUCUUCUGAGAUUACCACCAACAACACUUUGUUCAUAUUUCGCGUUCUACUCGCACGGGCGCGUAAAAGAUUAUCCUACGUUGUCUUAUUAUCUUUUCCAGAAUUAACGUAGUGCGGUCGGAUGAAACUUAAAAAUAGCGAUCCGUUGCAAAAGCGAAGGCGCAGAGCACUCGACGAUCACGCUGAUUGAGUUAUCGUACGGAAUGGCGAACCGUCCGUCCAAGAGCCAUACGAGAGACGCAUAUUAGACAAUGAUUUAAUAAGUAAUAAUGUUAAUGUUAAAGCGAAUUAACUAGGGGAUGGGGGGGAAUUCGGAAGGACGAGCGGGUGUGGGUGUGCGGAGCUUUUGAUCGAUCCUUCUUUCUGAGAUGAGCGAAACGAUAUCAGUGGGAACAAGAAACUCGCAUUUUCGUAGAAGCCAUAUCAUUCUUUGGAAGGAGUCAGAGUAUGUGUGUAUGCGUACGUAUGCGUGUAGAUGUGUGCGCGCGAGUAUGUAAGAUGAAUAAUCGAUGGAUAGUCCAAGUUUACGCAUUAUCCCCUCUUAUCAUCGCGAAUCGUGAUCGCUGUUGCAAAGCAAUAGAACUUCGUAAAUAUAGAUAACCGUCAUAUCGCGAUAAUCCCUAGGUCCAGAUAGCUGCAGAUAGAUAGGCCUUAAUUUUACAAUUCGUCGUUGACCUCCAACGGUGACCAUUCGCAGGACAUACGGAAGAAACGAAUAAUCAUUUCCAGUAUUUAGUAUCGCAUUUGCGGCGAUAUGCAAAUACGUAUGUACUUAAUUUUGCGUUCUCGCUGAGAGCGCGGCGAAAAACGUAGCUGAUUGCACGAUGUAGAUAAAAUUGUUAGCUUCACAAUCAGGGUCAGUUGGAAUUUCCUCCGUCAGAGAUUCUUCAAAAGGUUAAAUUUAAAGAAAAAAAGAAACCCGGAGAAAGAAUUUUGUGUUCAUCGAUGCUGUAUUUUUGGACGAGCAUUUUUACGCCGGUCACAUCGUGAACCGCCGAUUUAUAAACGAUUGCAGGGACUGUUGAAAAUUGCAUUUUGCAGUGAGCGCUACCCAGGAUUUAUAUUAAUCCGCUAUUCGCUUAUCAACGUCAAUGACAUGUGUGUAAUAAUGAAAUAAAUUGGAAGAGUCAAUAUAAGAUAAUUGUAUAUUCUGAAUGGAGCUUUUUUCAAAAGCGCGCUACUUUUAAUAUUUCGGAAUUUAGGACGGAUUAAUAAAAAUUCUGUGUGAUUCAUCGAAAUUAUCUGUAUAUGUGAUAAUCUUAUAUAUGUAUAACUGUACGUAUGCACGUUGAUAGUAAUUGUGCUGUUGAAUUGUGCUGCCGCAGUGCGCUAUCGAUGUCAGUUUAUUCGCGAGAGAUACGGAAAACGUAUUAGAGAAAGACGCGAGGAGAGAGCGAUAUCGGACUCUAGCAAUUCCACUAACUACAAUCCCUGUCGCUUAUAACGUUUGCUUAUCUGAAAACUUUAGAGCGAGAAUGAGCGCGCAUUGAAAUGCUAUUGUUGAAAUUCCACGGUCGAUCCUACUUAAUACUCAACCACGAGUUUUCUAGAGAGACAAUUGUUUAAUUAUAUUUUUUUCUGCGAUAUAGAUAUUAUCAACGUUUCGUUCCGCGGGAUAAAAAUUUAUAUAUCGACAUCUGUGCAGCUCUUCAUUCUUUUAUGUUUACUUUAAGAUCUGACCUACUUGACAGAAGGUUGUAUUUUACUUGUAACUAUAACAUAAUGUUGACGUUAUUGAAUAUGUAAAGUAUGAACGCGAUUUCGUAUCUUGUACAUUUCCUCAACGCUAUGAGAUAGCGUACUUGCAAUUCCUAGUUAAAUAGAUGAUUAUUUAUAAUUAGAUCUUUGUAUUAAUAACUGAGCUCAAAUACUUUCUAUUUUGUUAUCGUUAUCAAUUAUACUCUUUUAAAUUAUAGCUUACGAUUUAAAAACUACUAUAUAACUUUAAAUUAGAAUCUGUAUAAUUAUCUACAACUAACGUCAUAAAUUUCUCAUAAAAAUUAUAAUUAUAGUAGAGGAUUAUUUGCAAUAACGUCACCAAUAUUAAACAUCAUCUUUCGUUUCAUUAACCGAUCUAAAAUUUUUCGCGAUACGUGUGUACUCGGACAUUAAUUGCGUAGAAUAAGAAAGCAAUGUGUCUCUUUUGAAAAAUGAAAACGGAUUAUUAGCUGUAAACAAGAAAUAACAUUAUAUCUCACAUUUAAGCAAGCAGACAAAUUUGCACACGUGAAUAACUUGCAAAGUAUCCAGCAAUUUUGUGCAAUCGCUGUACUCUCACAAUUAAAGUAUCAUAGGAUUUGUUAGGUUUUAAUUUAGAAACGAACUUAAGGACGGGAAUAAUAGAUAAGCAUUGAAUUCUAAUCCUUGAAGUUUACAGAUAGUUUAGCGCUUGGACUAUUUUGCAUUAUUUUAUUCUGUGAUAAAUCAUGAUCGUUGAUCAAGGAUGAAGAACAAAAGAUCGGUCAGGCACAAAUGCGGUAGGUCUUCCCAAACGAAGUAAUAGUGAAUGAAUCGUUUUUUACCGCCCGCGUUAAUACGUGCCAAUCGUUGCUGUUGAAUCAUUAACGUCGAAAUCCGAAACUUGCGGAACGAGAUGUUAAUGUGCCGCGUGCCGAAGCGUCUGCAGGGCGUCACUGUAUAUAAUUUUAUAUUAAGAUCGAGUUUUUUUUUAUGCCGGAUUUAUCCGUCGUCCUCAGAAGCGAAUCUCUGCGAAGAGCGAGGGAAAUUUGUUCAGGAUGUAUCGCCGGAUACUCUUUUUUUUCGACCGAGAUAUCUGACGGCGAAGUCGCGCGACUGCGCCGUCAUGACGACUCGAGAUUGCAGGGCGAUACGGAAUCCGCAGCGAGCACUUGGUGCGAGCAAAGAAACGACGGGAAAUCGCUUCCGAAAUUUCGCUGCGAUUUUUCACAUGGGAGUCGACAAGUUUACACACGCGCAUACUCCGCGUAGGUCUAUAAUCUCUUUUGUAAAUACAUUUUGUAUCGGUUGCGAGGACGGUCCGUUGCGCGAGGGCGGAACUUCACGAAUAAAGAAUCUCAUACCCUAUCUCUCGCAACGACACGGCUUGCAAACUCAUACAGUUAUUUCUGUCACGUAACAUCGUAAUACAUAUUAGUAUGUAUCUGAGAAUUUGUACAACACGUGCGAAGCACGGAGGGGCACAGGUCUGUCCCGCAAUAUCACAUUAUACAAGCAUACGGAAAAGAAGGGACACGCUUGCAUAAUAAACGUGGGCUCUU